AUGUCCUAUUCAUCACUUGCAGUUCGCUUCUUUACCGCGCCAAAACCACUUGGCAAUGCGAUGGAUCCUGACGCUAAAUCGUCCGAUUUGGCGGGACAUACGGUCAUGAGACCGAGUGUCUCGGCUGAUCGACCAGAGUCUGAGGCUGUCCAGAUGCAUACGCCGAAGAAGCAAGGCUUGACUUUCGCUAAUCAAGAUUCUUUGCCGAAACUUCCUAUUCCUGACUUGGAGGAUACGUGUCGUCGCCACUUGGAGGCUCUUGUUGCUUUGCAGACUCCAAGGGAACACGAGGAGACUAAGGCAGCUGUUAAGGACUUUUUAAAGACCGAUGGGCCUAUUCUUCAGGAAAAGCUGAAGAACUAUGCUUCGUCCAAGACAAGCUUUAUUGAGCAGUUUUGGUAUGACUCGUACUUGAACUUUGAUAGCUCCGUUGUCUUAAAUCUCAAUCCGUUCUUCCUGUUAGAGGAUGACCCGACACCUGCUCGCAAUAACCAAGUAACUCGCGCUGCAUCUUUGGUGGUCUCAGCCCUGGCAUUUGUGCGUGCUGUCCGGAAAGAAGAACUUCCACCUGAUACCGUGCGGGGGACGCCCCUGUGCAUGUAUCAAUACUCUCGACUCUUCGGAACAGCACGUCUUCCCACUGAUAAUGGCUGCGUUAUCAGUCAAGACCCAGGGGCAAAACACAUCGUUGUGUUGUGCCGAGGCCAGUGCUAUUGGUUUGACGUCUUAGAUGACAACAGCGAUCUCAUAAUGAGUGAACGUGAUAUCGCGCUCAACCUGCAUGUCAUCGUAGAUGAUGCUGCCCAGACCCCCGUCCAAGAAGCUGCUAAAGGCGCUUUGGGUGUUCUCAGCACAGAGAAUCGAAAGGUAUGGUCGGGGCUACGGGAUAUCAUGACCAAGGACCCAGCGUCGAAUAAUGCCGAGUGCCUCAAUAUCGUUGACACUGCGUUAUUCGUCUUGUGUCUUGAUGACACCGAGCCUUCUAAUACUGCAGAGCUUUGCGCAAACAUGCUUUGCGGUACGAGUGAGGUUGUCAAGGGUGUGCAGGUAGGCACUUGCACAAAUCGAUGGUAUGACAAGUUGCAGAUUAUCGUUUGCAAGAAUGGAAGCGCGGGUAUCAAUUUCGAGCAUACCGGCGUCGAUGGACACACCGUGCUGCGAUUUGCCAGCGAUGUUUAUACAGACACGAUCCUCCGUUUUGCAAAGACUAUCAACGGCCAAGCCCCAAGUUUAUGGACAACCUCGAGCCCCGACCCGGCCAAGCGCGACCCCCACAGCUUUGGAAACAUCAGCACCACCCCACGCAGGUUGGAAUGGGACAUGGUCCCCGAGCUUAACAUCGCCCUCCGUUUCGCCGAAUCCCACCUCUCAGACCUCCUCCACCAACACGAGUUCCAAGUUCUCGACUUUGAAGGCUUCGGCAAGAACUUCAUUACCUCCAUGGGCUUCUCCCCAGAUGCAUUCGUUCAAAUGGCCUUCCAAGCAGCCUACUACGGCCUCUACGGCCGCGUCGAGAAUACCUACGAACCAGCAAUGACAAAGUUCUUCCUCCACGGUCGCACCGAAGCAGUCCGCACCGUAACACCCGAGUGCCUAGAUUUCGUCCGCACAUUCUGGGGCGACAACCCCGCCGAGAAGAAGAUUGACGCCCUCCGCACCGCAACCAAGCGCCACACAGCCAUCACAAAAGACUGUUCCAAAGGCGAAGGACAAGACCGCCACUUAUACGCCUUAUUCUGUCUCUGGCAACGCUCCUUCGAAGACGGCCUCUAUCACGACACCAGCUCCGUCGACUACUCCAGCCCAAGCGAAAUCGGAUCCCCCAAACUCUCCGCCCUGUCAGACGACGGCUUCUCCUCCCCCGCCAGCGCUAGCAGUCGAGCCUACAAACCCGCCUCCCCACCCUUACCCGCAAUCUUUAGCGAUCCUGGCUGGGACAAGAUCAACAGUACUAUCCUCUCAACCUCCAACUGCGGAAAUCCCUGUCUACGCCAUUUCGGCUUCGGUCCCACAUCUGCUGACGGAUUCGGAAUCGGCUACAUUAUUAAAGACGAAAGUAUCUCCUUUUGUGCUUCCUCGAAACACAGACAAACUGCUCGCCUCAUGCAGACGCUUGAAUCAUACCUUUUUGAAAUGAGGAAGCUGUUGCGUGCUAAUAAUCGCAAGACGACUAGUCCAAGGACUAGCCGUGCUCGCGAAACAGAAGCUAUAGCAGAACAAUUGCAAUCUGAUUUCCAGCGUCGAGGAAGGGUUGUUAAUAUUGAGAACCGUGGUGCUGAGAGUCCUGCUACGACGACUGAUGGUGGAGAACUGGAUGAUGAUGGAAUGGGAGGAUAUGGGUUCUUUGAUGCUGGAAUGCUGCUUCACGCGCUCAAAGGUGUGAACGCUGAGCGGGAACAGAGGGUUGCGCCCGAGAAGAGGCGGUUCGUUGGCAAGAAGCUGCAUCUUAAUGAAUAUUGA